AUGAUGGUGGAAAUGAAAUAAAAAAUCAAACUUUGAAAACAUUUAUAUGGAUAGUUCUGCCCUUAAUCGCUCGUUUAAUGGCAUAGAGUUACUGCAGUGACAAGAUAGACACUGUGUCAAAAUGACCGAACAUGGGUUGGCCUCAAAACUGACUCGCUCCAAGGAGGACUUGUUGAUCAGGAAUGUUCACGAUUUGAGAAAGAGAUUGCAAGAAACCGAGAGAUCUUUACAGAGCUUGAGCUGUAUUGAUGAUGAUGAUGAACAGCCAGUUCUCACAAGUACAUUUCAAUCAAACGUUGGCACACCUCGGACAAAGGUACCGCCCCUCACCCUCGAUGUCUCCCCGGAUGAUGGGACAGAAAGUUAUCAUCCUCUCAGUCAGGUGUCGGCCAGCACAGCCAGCCUUGGCCUUGGAGCAUCAUUCAGUAACUUUGAGAGAAGAAUGUUCCCGCAAUACAGCACUCCUCGAGAAAAGCGGAGCAUGUGUUCCCAGCCCUCCCUGUCAGCGAGCUCUAUUGAACAAGACAAUGAGACAUUACGCCGUAAGUUACAAACCUUACGGGAAGAAAAUGCCAACAUGGUGACACAGAACCACAAGCUCCAAAAUGAGGCAGAAAAUAUGGAAUAUGAGCUUGGUCGAGCUAACACACAGAUUAAUUUUCUCAAAGAGGAGCUCGACAAAAAAUCACAAGAUGCUAAAAAGGUGCUAGAACUUCAAGAGAAGUUGAUGAACUUGGAAUCUGAGGUCGAGGUCCAGGAUAAUGCACUUCGGGAUGCUGAGGACCGCUGCGAUAGUAGCCAUCGCACGUUAGAUGAAUCUCGUAGGGAAAUUGAGAUGCUCUGUGAUGAUGUCGGGAGAUUGAAGAAUGAAUUAGCGGAAGAGGUCGAUCGACGUAAUCGGAUCGAGGUGGAGAAAAAUGCGGCAUUGGCGGGGAUUGAUGAGCUGCAAGCCAGCUUUCAUGAGUAUCAGAGGAAGGUCAAGGAUAGACUGAGAAAGCACCAAAGUAAUGAAGAACAUCUCCGCGAAACCUUCGAAAAAGUGAAACAAGAACGCAAUGAUCUAACUAUUAAAGUCGCGAGUCAGGAAGCUCAGCUUAACGACCUGAAAGAGGAAAUCAAACGAUUUCAAGACGAGACGAAUCGAGAUCAGGAGAAGAAGGAUGACCUAGAAGAGUUGACCGGUGACCUUCAAGCUCAGGUCAAAAGCCAGGCCCAAAAAAUAGGCAAACUCCAGAAUCAUCUCCUGGAUUUCAAUGCUCUCCAAUCAGAAAAUAAAGAACUUGUCGCAAAGAUAAAUCAUCAGAAGCAACAAUUAGACGAAUGCCAACAAGAAGUUGAGCAGAGUCGGAAACAACUUGCGCGGUUGGAGAAAUGGGUCAAACAAAUCACAAGCGAAAAGGCGGAGAGAAUGACACCGAGAUUGUCAACGCGGAGCAAUGAUAGUGGUAUCCAUGACAGGAGGGGUGGUUCCCGUCCAAUGAGCCCGGCCCAUCCUUACAACAGCUUUAGCAGUUCCGAGGGGUCACCAGACAGUGCUAGGGCUACAGUCAGCGACUUGAGAAUGAAGUUGGCGAUGAAGGAAGCUGAGGUCCAGAACCUGCAGGCCAGGUUGGCGUCAGUUGGUUUCGAUGAUAAGAAUCAAAGUAUGUUAGAAACAAUACGAGGAGAGUUGAAUGCUUAUGCUGAGAAAAAUAAGUCAGGUGAACUCGACACCAUUGAAUUGAAAAGGACAAUCACAGACAUGGAAAAAGAAAGGACGAGUUUGAAAGGCAAAAUAGCUUGUCUGGAGGCAAGGGUUUCGGAAUUGGAUUCAAACAGUAGUGACCUGAGUUUUAAACUCAAACAUCGUAACAGCGACGUUUCAGAAAUGCAAAGGGACCUUUCAGCUAAGAACACAGAAGUGCUGACUUUAGAGCGAGAGUUGAGGCGAAAAACCAACCAGAUGGCCUCGAUGGAGCGUCAACUUGAUGAGAAGGUGCAGGAUUACACCGAGCAUGUCAAGAAGUUAGAUGCGGUCGAAGAUGAACUGAAUAAGAAGACGGGACAGUUGAAUUCCAUCAAAGGGCAGAUGGAUGAGAGAAAACGUGAGGUCAUCGAAGCCAAGGCAAUGGCCAGCAAAAUGAAGCAGAUCCAUGUGGAGCAGUGUCAGGAGUAUGAAAAACAGAUUGAGAUUUUCCAGAAGAAGCUUGAGGAGCGCACUGACCAGUUGAAGGAGGCUGAGAGCAUUAUGAGAAGCAUCCGAGAUGAGAUGGACUUCAAGGAAUCACAUGUUCAACAACUGAAGGAUCAACUUGGCCAAGCUAAAGUACAUGUUGAGACCAAAAGCCAAGCUGACAAUGAAACGUUGAAAGGAUUAGAGGAGCGAGCCUCUGAAGCGACAGGACAGGUGGAGAAGUUAGAGUCGGCGUUGGUCGUCUGUAAGGAGGAGCUGCAAAUGGUCAUAGAACAACUAGAGGAGACAAAGGAGAGAUAUGAUAGGGAAAUGACUGCUAAAUCAGAAGAGGCUGCAGAUUUAGAAGACCAGCUCCAUCAGUAUCAUUCAGAGCUGAAGAAACGUGGCCUUCAUAUCGCUGACCUUGAGAAGACCUUACAGGAGCGCCAAGAGAUGUUACAACAGAGUGCGCACAGAAUCGGGGAGCUCGAAGACGGCCAGAGUCAGAUGGAAAACCAGGUGUGUAAACUUGAGCAACAACUGACGAAAGCUGAGAACAAGUCCAUGAUAGAGAUCCAGACCACAGAACACAAGCUGCGUCAAGCUUGUCUCGAUAUUGAGGAAAGAGGGGAACAAAUCAAGGAGCUGAUGAGAGUCAUCAAAAAUCUACAAUCUGAAAAACUGCAACUUUCUACGAAUCUCGAUGACAUGAAGCAUGAGUUGUCCAAGGAAAAGACAGACCUUGAUAACAAGGAAGCUAAGAUCAUGGAAUUGGAGACUGAACUGAGGGAGUUUAAACAGGAGAGAGAUAAGAAAGCAGCCACUGUAACAGAUUCAGAGGAACAGGUGCACAAACUGGAAGCAGACUAUGAAGUUCAGUUACAGAUGAAUAAGGACUUGGAUGCUGAACUCAAGAAAACACAGCUUGAGAUAACCCAGACGGUUCGCCAACUGACGGAACUACAGCAACUUCUCACCCUCAGCCAAACAGACCUCAAGAAUAAGGAAUUAGAGAUUUCUGGCUUGCAAGACAUUGUGCGCAUCAAUGAGGCUGAGCUGACUAAUCGAACCACAGAGUUGGACGACUUGGAUCAGGUGUUGAAGGAACGUCAGUGGGAGCUUGAACAGAGGGCAGCACAGGUGUCGCAGUUGGACAUGACAAUUCGAGAACAUCGCAGCGACAUGGAACAGCAAGUGAUGAGGUUGGAGACACUGCUGGCGAAGAGACAGUCAGAGCUGGAACAGCGUUCAAAUGAGUUUGAAGAAUUGGCCAAAAAAGUUGAAGGUCUUCAUGAAAACUUGGUUGAGACUCAACAUUUGUUGCAGACAGCUAACAACACAGCCAACAGACUACAAAUUGAAAUCGAGGGAAAGAAUUCGAGGAUUUCUGAAUUGGAAAAGCAACUGCAAAAAGCAAAGGACAGCUAUGAUGAACUAAGAUCUGGGAACUUGGAGCUCAACCAAGAAUUACGUAUCACACGUGAACAGAUGCAGAGACAACACAUGGAGGUCACCGAGACGAGAAAAGAGAUGUCGCAAUGUCAGCGGGAGCAAGAGCGGUUUGCCCGCGAAGUAGACGAAGCGAUUGCCAUGGCACAGACAAAGGAAGCAGACGCAAACCGAUUGGCGGAGGAGUUGGGCGCUGGGCGUGCACGCGAGGCACAGCUGGAGAGCCGGACAGCUGCUGAGGUCAGACGUCUGAAGCAUGAGAUUGAUUUGUUGAGGGAGCAACAUGCGAAAGAGAUCAACAACUUGAGAGAAGACCAUGCCAAGAUCGUAUCCUCCAAGGACGAGUUGGCAGCCCAGCACAGAUUACAUGUAAAAGACCUGAAGGAGAAUAUGCAGUGUCUAACUGGGCAGUUGGAGAGUGCCAGAGAUCAUGUACUGCAGCUUGAGAGAGAGUUGGAUGGCAGGAGAGAUGCAGUGGAUGCAGCCAAUGAGUCUAUGGUCUUAAAGGAAGCUGAAAUUGUACGACUAGAAGCAAAGAUUUCUGGAUACCAAAGAGCUGCAAACAUGCAGUCACAGACAAUCUACAACAUGGGACGCGACUCGACGCGCUCAGGAAAUGAGCGGUUCCCCGGUGGAAUGCGCCGCAGCACGUCGGAUUACAGCAUCAAGUUACUGACUGAAGAGUCUGAAACAGAGGUUGUAACCAUGCCUUUCCGUCACAUACCAUUCGAGAGAAGUCCAAGGAGUCGGAAUGUGGAGUUUAUGGAUUCCCAGCAGCCUGGACGAUCGAGGAUUCCUGUACCUGAUCUGAGUCCUCGUAACCCUCAUUCUACAGGACCAAGCCCCAAUCCCCCGAGGUCAAAUAUCAGUGGUGUUUUCUCUGCAUCAGAAUCAGACACUGACUUGGAUUCGUUCCAAGGUAUGCUUCGCCAUGUGAAUAAAAUGUGCCCUCCACCACCAAUGUUUCCAAGCGGUUCACUGAACAAUUUCCAGAACAUUCCCCAACCUAUAAAUGGAAAUGGUUACCUGAGCUGCCCAACCAAUGGGCACCAAAGUUCUUCACAGCAAGCUGUGUUGAGGAGAAACAGACAUGGAAAUGAGCCGAGGGGUCAGAAAUCGAAUGGAGAUGUACAAAAUACACAUCCUGACUUAGAGAUAAACAAUAACAACACAAAGAUUCAGAAAAUUCCAGAUUCAGAAGACUCCACUGAGACGGAUUCCCUUUUGACGAGUCCAGCCACGAGUGAAAUUGCAAACACGACAAAUUCAUUCACGCCAAGACAACUGUUUGACACAGAAUCUGGUACAGAUACGACAUUGGAUAAUACAACAACAACAAGCGAGGGAACACCGACAUUGACAGCAACGACAGACGAGGAGAGAACUCCAACGAAGGAUAGCGAAUAUUAUGACGAUUCAGAGGCCUCCUUCUCCACAGCUUCCACAGUUGAGACACAGAUACAAUACCAUCGGUGAUUAAACCUCAAAGCCACUGGCGAUACCUGAAUAUUAUAGGAUUGGUAUCCGAUAUCCAAAUCUGAAUUCAUGUACGGUAGAACUUCUGUGUGGACACCCUUUACUCUGAGAAAUGUACCGGUACUUGUUUUGAAAGAUGCAUCCAGGUACAUUUGUUAUUUAGGCCAUGCAGCUGGGUCUGCAUGGAUGAAAUAAUGCCUUAUUUUCUACAAGAAUAAAAUGAGGUUAUUUUAGAGAAAUUCUUGCUUUUGUCAUUCAGACACCUUUUGACUAUACGUACUAGUCAUUCAACC